UCAUACAAACUAUUAGCAUUUCCACGUCAUAUGUAUUUGAUCAAGCAAAAUAAAUCAUCCAUGGGGUGGUUGUUUUUAUGUUUAGUUCUUUUACUCUUCAAUUUUCCAUAUUUCUCUUCUUCUUCUUUCAAUUUCUCAUGCCAUCAUGAUGAGAGUUCUGCAUUGCUUCAAUUCAAGUCAUCAUUCACUAUGCACACUUAUUAUGAUGGUUGUGGUGAACCUCUUCUAAAAACAACAACAUGGAAAAAUGAGACUGAUUGUUGCUCAUGGCCCGGUGUCACAUGUGACACCGUCUAUGGUCGCGUGGUUGGCCUCAACCUUGGCUGUGAUGGCCUUCAAGAUAUGUCUUCAAUAAAACCAAACUCCAUGGAUUUGCUCUUCAAUCAUUCUUCCACUUUGGUGACUCUUAAUCUUGCAGAUACAGGAUUAAGCGGAAACCUUAAAAAUAACAUUCUCUGCUUACCAGGCAUUCAAGAACUAGAUAUGUCACAAAAUUUCAACCUUCAAGGUAAGCUUCCUGAACUGAGCUGUAGUGCUUCUCUCAGUAACUUGCAUCUCUCAAACUGUCAAUUCCAAGGACCAAUUCCUUUGUAUUUUUCGAACCUCACACAUCUUACUUCCUUGAUUCUAUCCUAUAACAAUCUUAACAAUUCAAUCCCAUCCUCACUUUUCAAGCUUCGACGUCUCACUCACUUACAUCUUUCAUUCAAUUCAUUUAGCGGUCAAAUACCAGAUGUGUUUGGUGGGAUGACCAAAUGCAAGAACUGUAUCUAGAGUCUAACAAUUUAAAAGGACAAAAUUACAG